AUGGAAGGAGAAUCUUCAUUUAUUAGCCGUCAUGUCCCUGAAUUGGAGAUUGUUCUUUACCGUUCAGUACCUGAUGAAGGAAAACAACCUCUUUUCUUUGAUACUACUGCAUGCCUCUUUAAUGAAUAUGGAGGACAAAUUGAUUAUGUGGGUGUUGGUAGGACGACGACAAAUAACAAAGGACUUUCUCAUAAACCUCAUACAGUGCUUGUUGUUGAUGCUACUACUGAAGUUGCUCAUAAUUUUUUAGAGCCAGCUGGAGGACCUUCAGUAAUAGCUGGUGAUAGCGUUCUUGUGAAUUUUAAAAAAAUUGCCAUGUGGAGUGGAGUGUCUGUAUGCGCUACAUUAUUUACUCCAGACAUUUCACUUAGUGAGGUGACUGAUGUAUAUUAUGCAGUGAGAAAACCAGAUGCUUUGGUGCCAUUGGCUAUUAUUCCUGUUACUUCUGGAGAUUCAAAACGUAAUUCAUGUAUUGCAUUUAUGAUAAGAAAGAUAAAACUAAAUACAGAAACAGGAUGGGAACUUGUUCGAGUAGGAGAAACACUUCAAGAGCAAGAUGUUAAAGGUGUAGUAGAAGCUAUGCAAAAUCGAGGUUUGGUAGAUCCUAUAGGCUACAAAUUUGAUACUUCUCGUGGUUUGGAUUACACAACUGAGAGUUGUAGUGAGAAUAGUUCUUUUGAAGAUAUUGAUGAUGAUGACGAUGAUGAUGAUGAUGAUGACUUUGUUGAAGUAAAAAUUUCUCGUGCUGAUUCAAAAGAAAGUCUUGAACGUUUGUUAGUAAAUGUACCACGUGUAACACGUGAAGGUAGACGACAAUACACUGUUGGACGUUCAACUCUUAAUACUGUAGCUGAAUCAGGUGAUAGUUCAGAUGAAGAUGAGAUAAUGGAAGAUGCUCUUCGGGCAGUUGUACCUCGUUAUACUAGUGCUUGCCCUGUUCGUUAUGAAGAAAAAACAUAUAAUGUGGGUUCUCGUGAUGAGACAUUAGCAAUGCACUAUGUAGAUCAUCGUGAGGAAUAUGGGUUAAGUAAUGCGGAAUCAAGAUUAUCUAGAGUUACAGAGUUACCUCCUGUUUUUUCACUUUCAUCAGCACAUUUACAUCGUUUAUCUUAUGGUGAUACAGGAAUAAUUCGACCAGCUGCACCUCAUGAACUUUUAUCAUCCAUGUAUUCUGCACUUUGUGGAAAAAGUAGCCUUAGAAGACGUAGUGGUCGCUCACCUUCAGAGGCACGUUUAAGUUCUUCAAGACGAGGUAGGCGUAGCUCUUCUCGACGCCCCAAAGGAAGGGGUAGACGUAGUAAGAGUAGGAAAUCUCGCUCUCGUAGUACUAGUGCAAAACGUAAAAAUAAAGGAGGCCGCCGUAAGAGAACUAACGCUUCCAGGAGGAGGAAGUCGCGAACGUCCAGUGCGGCAAAAAGACGAUCUUCUUCUUCUUAUGCUAAGAGUUGA